CGCAAGCAAAAACCAGAAAACCUCAGCUAGGAACGUGCAGUGAGAUUCAGUUGUUGUGCAGAAAUAUGGACACAAUAGGCAUGAGGUCAUACAUAACUAAGCAUUACAAAGGCACCGAUAUGGUUAAAAAGAUUUUUGGUUCUCUUCCGUCAGCACCAGAUCCAGCAAAGCUUGUUCUUGAUGUGAUUCAAAGUUUUUACGAGUUGCUUGAGCCUGAAAAUGAUUUGAGACAAGUUAGCUGCGUUGCUUUGUCAGGAGCUUUGAUGAAAAUAAAGGCUAAUGUUACGCCACAGUUAAAAGAUGACGCUAUCAAGUUCAGUAUUAUGUGGAGAGGUUCUUUUACUAAGCAGAGUUAUACUCAUCCUACGGAGAUUUUUUCCUUCCUGCAUUUUUUAGCCUCAUACAAGUUAGCAAAGUCAUUUGAUGCAGAUGAACUUCUUUCACUUGUUGGGAUCUUUUAUACCGAGAGUGAGGUUUGUAUGCCUGAGCAUGACUCAUACUUGUUCCGGAUAUUGGGAUUGAAGAAGAAAAUUCCAGGUCUGAUCCGAUCUCUUAUUUUGAGGGAGGAACAGCUUCGAGCAGUUGUUUAUAUAUGUGCAUUUAAGAUGGAAGAUGUUUUCCCACCAGUUCCUCUACUGAGAGCCCGUUUGGAGUGCAUCCAGAAGAGAGUGCAGGAAAUGGUCAAGAAUGGCAGUGAUACAGCUCAGAAUGAUGCUGCCAACAUGGAAUUAUCUGCCCUCAAAGUGGUACUUAAAUGCAUUUCCAACUUCAAACUUGAGUCCGGAUUUUCACCGGCUCCUCUGGAAUUGCGCAUAAAGCAGUUAGAGAAGGAGAUGGAAGGAAAGACAAAUGCUGAAAGCUUAUUGACAGUAGGAAAGAAUCUUUCAAACUCUGAAAAGAAGGGAGUUGAUCUUCCUGGCAUUGACCAGACCUAUACAGCGAUUGGGAAGCAACAUACUUUGAUGGAGUCCCAAAAUCAAAAGCGUCUUAAGCUAGAAGCUUGUCAAAGGUCAAUCUCAAAGAAUUCUUUAACUUUGUCUGAUACUAAUUAG